AUGACACAAAAUGAAGGGAGAGGAGAAGGGCAAUGUUUUGCUGUGGUGUGGAAUGAGGGACAUUUAAAGUCUCUGAGAGUUAGACGAGCCUCAGAGGGUAGGGGAAUUAGGGAUGUGCAUAACCCAGAUGACAUCCCCCAAGACCUGCAGCAGCAUUUGAUGCGUGCAGGUUUUUGGCAUGCGGCUCGCAUGAGAAGAUUACCGAUUGACCAUAGGCUGAUUACUGCACUGGUUGAGAGGUGGCGGCCAGAGACUCACACAUUUCACAUGCCUGUUGGAGAGAUGACUGUCACUUUACAGGAUGUUGAGGCCAUUUUAGGUUUACGCACUGAGGGUCGGGUGGUUUCUGGCUACACCCAUGGGAACUGGGCGGACGUAAUCACGCAGUACAUGGGAAUAUCUCCACUUGCAGCUGAUUUACAACAUGGGAACCUUAAGAUGGGUUGGUUGACUCAACAUUGGGGUCAAUGGGCUGCGCAUUCAGCUACACACGAGGGACAAAUUAGGUACACUCGUGCCUAUCUUAUGCGUCUCUUCAGAGGUUUUUUGCUGUGUGACAAGUCAAGUUCAGUAGUCGCUUGUCGGUACAUUCAAUUAUUAGAUGGGGACUUUGAGGAUACCAGUAUGUACAGUUGGGGAUCUGCGGUACUCGCAGUACUUUUUCGUGAACUAUGUCAGGCAACAUCUUCAGGGGCCAAUGAUAUUGGGGGAUGUACGUUGUUGUUGCAGAUAUGGGCGUGGAGCAGAUUUCCUACCAUAGCACCGCUUAUUCCCCUACCAAGUGACCCAGCCGAUCACUAUGGACGACGGUUUAACAAUGUCGUAUCGCGGCGACACCAAUUUCACCUGAAGGAUUAUCGGAUUGAGCUUGAUCAAAUGGGAAGAAACACGGUUGUGUGGGAGCCAUAUAAGGAGGUUGGCUAUGAGUUUCUCGGGGCAAAUCCUCACAUGCAGAACUUGUGGAGGGCUGUUACACCUGUACUCGCCUUCCACAUUGUCGAGAUGCACCAGCCUGACCGUUGCAUGCGGCAAUUUGGCAUGCAUCAACACAUCCCUAGACCUGCUGGUCGGUUGAGAGGUGCACAUGAUCUUACGUUACGUGGUAAGAUCACUGAAAAUUGGGAAGCGAAGAUGGUUGAUGGAGUAGAGUGGAUAUGGUGGAUGCAAACUCCCCAGAUGAGUGCUCAGCGCGAUGAACGUCAGGUGCAAGAGGUGUGUGAGCAGUUACUGCGUGUAGAGGGAGAAUUCAGCCGUGUUGCAGAGCCUGGCCCAAUUGCACCAUCCGGGCUAUUAGCUGAGGUACCUGAUCCAGAGAUAACUUGUCCAUUCAUGACACACGGUCCAUGUUGA